AUGAAAAGUCUCGGUUUGUUGGUGCGAAAACCACUGACGAGUCUUUGUUUAAAGCUCAUGGAUAAAAGUGAACUACAAUUUAGAAAGCUUCCUGUUGUAGGAUUAAUGCAAGCAAGCUGUAAAGAAUGUUGUAUGAUUCACGCUACGCUGUCGGCAAAAUUGAUGAGCCGUCUUCUUCACGAUUCAUAA